CCGGAUACUCAUCAUGGAUAUUCCCAUUCAGUACCCCUGGUACCGCCGGGCCUUCCCAUAUCGACGUCCCGACGCGUCCUUCAUCGAGUCUCUCGCCGAUUGGCCUCUCAUCUGGUCUUUCCCAUGGUCCUUUGCUUGGAUGCGCCCCAGUUUCAUGCGCUGGUUAAACUGGCCUGAAAAUGGACACAGUGAGAUGUACGCGGAAAAGGAUCGCUAUGCGAUUUAUCUGGAUGUGAAGCAUUUCUCACCGGAUGAGCUCAGCGUCAACGUCGGCGACGAGUUCAUCACAAUACACGGCAAGCACGAAGACAGACAGGACGACCACGGCUACGUGUCCAGGGAGUUUCUGCGGAAGUACAGGCUUCCCACCGGAGUGUCGUGCGCUGAUAUCACCUCCAGCUUGUCGUACGACGGCGUGCUGACAAUCACCGCGCCCAGGUCUUCACCCGGCCCCGAGCGCAACAUCCCAAUAUCCUGUGAGGAUGGAGCAGCCAAGCAGAAAAUGUAGAGCGCAGUCGGGGUGCCUUUGACGCAGUUUCACUACUAAUCCUCACUACUAAAUUCCGCACGUGUUUGUAUUUAACCUGUUUUGUGGGCAGUUGAGUGCACGUAUAGGUGGGUCAGCCGUGUCGAGAUUCCUGCAACGAGCCUUCUAAUAAACCAGUUUCUAACUUACUACUAUCGUCGCAUGCCUGCAAGACAACUGUGCUUUAAACCACAGAUUGAAAUGUAAAGCCGGGAGUUUUGGUUGGAGUACAAUUUUCCUUUCAGAAAUCAUGGAUAAACCAAAAACCUGCGCCACCUUGAAUGUACAAGUGCUCUUAUUUUGAAUUUGCCUUCAAAGUUUCAAACAGUCACUUUUGGGAGACAAAGCUUCUACGCCAAAAGGUGAUUGCAGCGGUGCUUGGAUGAGUGCGAGUCCGUUACCUUUGUACGUGUUGAACGCGGGACCAGGUCUGUGCUCUGCUGAGAGGGAGGGAGGGGAGAAAUGGGUUGAAGGAGUGUUGGAUGGAGGAGGAAAUACGGUCAUCCAGGGAAGCAGGGUUUUACUCGAUUGUUCGGGAUAACUUGUAUUUAUGUAUGUGUAUGAUGCGAGUGUGUGGUCAAUGCCAAAAAGAGAGCGAGGAUGUGCUCAAUGAUGAUCCCGAUCAUUCUUUGCAAAUGCUAAAUCGCCCAUGGUGUAUUAACAGAGAAGACAUAGAAUAAAUGUUGGGGAAAAAACAAAA